AACUAAUGAAAAUUAUGGAAAUGCAUAAAUCUAGGAAAAAGAAAAAAAAAAAGAAAAAAAGGAGAACCAAACCAACUCAUACCAUACCAUACCACAGUUAAGUUACGCGGAUGGAUGGGUGUUAAAUGCACCCCCUCUUACCCGUACCGUACGUACCCCUUCCAUUACACUGCCCGUCCACACCACGACAACGCCAUUUCCCAAUAAAAACAGGACAACUUUCCCCGCUACCGUUAAUUAAGACACACUCCGUUAACUCCGUUACAUUACACUUUUUAACUCCGUUUAUUUCUACCCCCGAGCCGCCUUUUAUUUAUGGCGUUGUUUGCGUUUCCCUAGCACUAAUACUUCUUCACUUCCUAUUCCCGGUUUCUUAAACCACCUUUACCGUUUAUUACCGGUUCUUUUCUUUAACCGCAGUUAAAAUCAUUAACCACUCUAGUUUAAGUCCCCUCUUCCGACACUGCUUCUUCUGGUCCUCCUUCAACCAUUUAUCAACUCAAAGAGAGAGAAAUUAAAAAAAUAAAAAUCUAGAGAGAGAGAGAAUUCUAGAGAGAGAGUGGGUAGUUGAAAGGGUCAAUUGAAGGUUUUUUUGGUCUUGAGAAUUGUUAGAACUUUGUGAGGUUUUUGAAGAAGAAGAAGAAUCUAUAUAGUUUUUGUUGGAUCAAGAAUUUUCAUGUAGAGUGAAUGUUUGUGAUGAGAGAUCUGGAAGAUAGAGAUAACAUGACAUCAUCUGAAGUAUCUAUGAAGGGAAAUUCUGUUAACGGAAAAGGUGAAACCAACGAUGGUGGUGUUGCCGAUGGUCAAAAUGGUUCUUCAUCUUCAUCAUCAGGAAGAGAAGCUGAAGCUGCACUUUACAGAGAACUAUGGCAUGCGUGUGCUGGACCUUUGGUAACAGUUCCAAAAGAAGGAGAACUUGUGUUCUAUUUUCCUCAGGGACAUAUUGAACAGGUUGAGGCUUCAACAAAUCAGGCGUCGGAACAACACAUGCCGGUUUACGAUCUCCGUCCUAAGAUCCUUUGUCGGGUUAUCAACGUUAUGUUGAAGGCUGAGCCAGAUACUGAUGAGGUGUUUGCACAAGUGACUUUGGUUCCAGAGCCAAAUCAAGAUGAGAAUGCGGUGGAGAAAGAACCUCCGCCUGCUCCUCCGCCGCGGUUUCACGUCCAUUCGUUUUGUAAAACGUUGACCGCAUCUGACACUAGUACUCAUGGUGGUUUUUCUGUUCUUAGGCGUCACGCUGAUGAGUGUCUACCUCCACUGGAUAUGUCAAAGCAACCACCUACACAGGAAUUGGUGGCCAAAGAUCUACAUGGGAAUGAGUGGCGUUUUAGGCACAUCUUUCGUGGUCAACCACGUAGACAUUUGCUGCAAAGUGGUUGGAGUGUUUUUGUCAGUUCUAAGAGGCUGGUUGCUGGGGAUGCAUUUAUAUUUCUAAGAGGUGAGAAUGGGGAGCUUCGUGUUGGUGUCAGGCGUGCAAUGAGACAGCAGGGAAAUGUUCCGUCCUCGGUUAUCUCUAGCCAUAGUAUGCAUCUUGGUGUCCUUGCAACUGCUUGGCAUGCUGUGUUGACCGGGACCAUGUUCACUGUCUAUUACAAGCCUCGGACCAGUCCAGCUGAAUUUAUUGUUCCGUACGAUCAAUACAUGGAGUCUCUUAAGAAUAAUUAUACCAUAGGCAUGCGGUUCAAAAUGAGAUUUGAAGGUGAAGAAGCACCUGAGCAAAGGUUUACGGGAACCAUUGUUGGAAUUGAAGACUCUGACUCCAAAAGAUGGCCUAAAUCUAAAUGGAGAUGUCUCAAGGUUAGAUGGGAUGAAACAUCUAACAUACCUCGUCCCGAAAGAGUUUCCCCUUGGAAAAUUGAGCCUGCUCUUGCUCCUCCAGCUCUAAAUCCCCUUCCAAUGCCCAGGCCGAAAAGGCCCCGAGCUAAUGUGGUUCCAUCAUCCCCAGAUUCUUCUGUUCUAACCCGCGAAGCAUCAUCCAAAGUAAGCAUGGACCCUUUGCCCUCCAAUGGUUUUCCGAGGGUCUUGCAAGGUCAAGAAUCAUCGACCUUGAGAGGAAAUUUGGCAGAAAGCAAUGACCCUUAUACUGCAGAGAAGUCAGUUGCAUGGCCACCAGGAAAUGAUGAAGAAAAGAUUGAUGCUGUUUCUACUUCAAGAAGGUUUGGAUCAGAGAACUGGAUGUCAAUGUCAAGGCAGGAAGCAACAUAUUCAGAUCUUCUGUCAGGAUUUGGUGGUGCCCGUGGAGAUCACGCUUCCCAACAAUUGUUUGUCGAUCAAACCGGUCAUGUGGCCAAUCACAGUAGGAAAAGUAUGUUUGACCGUGAAGGCAAGCAUAAUGUGCUAAGUCAAUGGCCUGCAAUGCCACCUGGUCUGUCACUCAAUUUCUUGCACUCUAAUACGAGAGGUUCUGCACAAGGCAGUGAUAAUUCAACCUACCAAGUUCCAGGGAAUAUGAGGUACAGUGCAUUCGGUGAUUAUUCUGUGCUUCAUGGACACAAAGUAGAAAACCCACAUGGAAACUUUUUGAUGCCACCACCACCUCCAACUCAAUAUGAGAGUCCUCGUUCAAGAGAACUGCCUCACAAACAAGUAUCUGCAAAUACAAGCGAGGCUGCAAAACCGAAAGACGGUGACUGUAAGCUUUUUGGUUUCUCACUUCUCAGUAGCCCCACAAUGCCAGAGCCCUCUAUAUCGCAAAGAAAUAAUACAAGUGAGCCAGUUAGUCACAUGCAAAUUUCAUCACAACAUCAUACAUUUGAAGAUGAUCCAAAGUCUGAGCAUUCAAAGAGUUCAAAACCAGCAGCUGAUAAUCCAGUUGUAGUCGACGAUCAAGAGAAGCUGUUGCAAAUUUCUCAGCCUCAUGUUAAAGAUGUUCAAUUCAAAUCACAAAAUGGUUCUGCUAGAAGUUGCACAAAAGUUCACAAGAAAGGGAUUGCACUUGGUAGAUCAGUGGACCUUACAAAGUUUAGUGACUAUGAUGAAUUGACCGCUGAAUUGGAUCAGCUGUUUGAAUUUGGAGGUGAAUUAAUAUCUCCACAAAAGGAUUGGCUUGUUGUCUUUACCGAUAAUGAGGGUGACAUGAUGCUUGUUGGCGAUGACCCAUGGCAGGAGUUUUGUUCGAUGGUCCGCAAAAUUUACAUCUACCCGAAGGAGGAGAUUCAGAAAAUGAGCCCCGGUACCUUGAGUUCAAAAAAUGAAGAGAAUCAUUCAGCUACUGAAGGCGAUGCACAAGAAACCAAGUCUCAGCUGAAUCCAUCAGCUUCAGAUGCUUGAUUGUUUGGUAGAUUCGAUUUUCGUAGCAUCCAAAUUCCAAGACUUUGGAAUGGAAAGAAGUAGAGGACUGUCAUAAAAACAUGAUCCAGUUAGAGAAUAUGUGUAUGACCUGAACAAGAAAGUUUUAAUUCUGAAGAGACAACAACAAUGUAUGUGUUUGGUAUCAGAAUUUGGAGUAGAGUUUCCAUCCGAUUUUGGACAGUGUCGUGGAAUUAGUGUUAGUAUAUUUCAAUAUAUGACUUUCCAAUUAUAAUAUAUAGUCCUAGUAUAUAUUUUUAGUAUAGUAAGUAAUUUUGUGUCUUGAGCAAAGGCUAUAUGGUAUGGGGUGUAUUGCCUUGCAUUUUUCAUCAAAUCCUUACCUUGUUCAUAGUUUCGUUUUCUCAUCUCUAGAUGACUAGAACACCCCUUCCCCUCAACCCAUUAAUGUAAUUAAUUAGAUCAUAUACAAGUGCGGUUUAUCUGAUUUUUAUUUUUGAUUGGUACUUAUUUUAGUAGAAAAAUUGUGCUAGUAAAAUAUUAUGUUGAAAAAAUUAUUGUGGAUAUCAAUUUGCAUUUUGCUUGCUUGCUCU